CGGUGAACGCAGCUGGGCCACAAGGAACGUACCGACGAGGAGAGAGGAGAGAGUAGAGAGGAAAGAAAGGCGCACGCAAGUGACGAGAGGGACUCCAUGUCAUGUCGAAGACUCAAGAAGGCUGGACCACUGUUUGAGUUGUUCGUUUGUUCGAGUGACGCGUGUACCAAAGAGUCGCAACCCAAACCAACAUGCUUUGCCACGUUACGCGUCCGGACUCGGUGGUGAUGGAAGUGGAAGUUGACGCCAAGGCUAAGGGAGAAGACUGCUUGAACAAGGUUUGCAGGAAGUUGGGCAUCAUUGAAGUAGACUACUUUGGGCUGCAGUUGACUGGCAGCAAAGGGGAGAACCUGUGGAUGAACCUGCGGAAUCGCAUCUGCCAGCAAGUGGACAACGUGGCACCGUGUCGACUGAGGCUGCGGGUCAAAUUCUUCGUCGAGCCUCAUCUCAUUCUGCAGGAACAAACCAGACACAUUUUCUUCACACAUGUGAAAGAGGACCUCCACAACGGCCACCUGCGCAUGGGCUCGGAGCAGGCCGAGGAACUGAGCGCUCUGCUGGCCCAGGCCGAGUUCGGCGACUACAACCAAAACACAGCCCAGUAUUGGUACUCGGAGCUCUGCGGGGAGGAGCCGUGUCCCGCUACUGUCAACAGCAUCGUGUCCAGACACAAGGCCCUGGAGGGCUUGAGCCAGACCUCGGUAGAGUACCAAGCCCUGCAGCUGGUCUCUUCGCUGGAGCACUAUGGCGUGGAGUGGCACUGGGCCCGUGACGCCAACGCCCAGCGCUUGGCCAUCGGCGUCGGCCCCGAAGGCAUCGCUGUGUGCAAGGAGGACUUUAGCCUCAUCAACCGAGUUAGCUACCCCGUCAUUCAGAUUGCCACUCAGUCAGGCAAGACUGUGUACCUGACUGUCAUCAAGGACAACAAUGACAGCGUGGUGCUCAUCUUCAAGCUGAUCAGCAACCGCGCCGCCAGUGGCCUAUACCGAGCCAUCACAGAGACCCACGCCUUCUACCGGUGCGACACCGUGACCAAUGCAGUGAUGAUGCAGUACAGCCGCGACUUCAAAGGCCACCUGGCAUCGCUCUUCCUAAACGAGAACAUCAACCUGGGCAAGAAGUACGUCUUCGACAUCCGCCGCACCUCAAAGGAAGUCUACGACCAUGCGCGGCGCGCCCUCUACAACGCUGGCAUGGUGGAUUUGAUGUCCCGCUCCGGGGGUGAACGCUCGACACACCCGCGCUCACCAAAUCGCCAGGACGGUUCCGACGACGACGACGACGGCUCCGACUGCGGCAGCUGCCAGCAGAGUCGGGCGCUGCAGGAGCGGCUGCACAAACUACAGGAGGCGCUGUUGUGCAUGCUGUGCUGCGAGGAGCAGAUCAACGCUGCCUUCUGCCCCUGCGGGCACCUGGUGUGCUGCCAGACAUGCGCCAACCAGCUGCAGUUGUGUCCGGUGUGUCGCUCGGAGGUGGAGCACGUUCAGCACGUCUACCUGCCCACCUGCACCAGCCUGCUCAACCUGGCCAUGAGCGGCCAGCGAGCCAACCGCGUGGUGGGUGGCGGAGGCGGCGGCAUCCCCGCGUCCAUCUGCCGCGAUCUGGCCUCCCCUCAUGACUGCGACGGCAACGACUACAACAAAAUCUUCACGCAUACGUGAGGGAUGCCUCGGACACUUUUUUUUUUUUUUUGGUCCGUGUUCCGUUUCCUGGACUCUUGAUGGGCAACCCCCACUUCCGAUGUGUUCAUACGUGUGUGUGUUUGUGCUGCCAAAUGAUUUUCGUCCUCUCCACCACGAACUUCAAUGAUCAGUUGAGCUGAUCCGUACGUCACCCCUCUCUCGCCUUUUAUCUCGAUUUCAAUCGUUUUACUUUUUAAAGCUUUGCCAACAUUUUAAAUUCUCUCAGCUUUUAUUGAACAAAUGUUUCUUUUCGAUUUUUGGUUCACGUUUGCAAGCCAAUGAGGGGACUAAAUUAGCUCUCGGAUCCACAUGCACUCAGUACACAGAUUGCAGACACUCCGCUUUCGAGCAGACUAUUUGAAGUACCGUACAUUAUUUCCAUGAGCAACUCUCAUUUUGUACAAUUUAGCAGGGGUUCAAGAUCAAACUUGGCCACCGUGUUCCACACACACACGCUGUGAUUAAAAAAAACUCAGUUGUCGGACAAAUUUGGAUCACCUCCAUAAAUGGCAAAACGGAUCCUGUAAUGCCUGCCUCAAAAAAUCAAAAUGGCGUCCGGCCCCCUGCUUUAAAAGCCUCCUCUCGCGAUGAGAGAAGAGUUCUCGUGAGGUUUUUGAAAGGGUACAGAAUUGUGUGCAAUAACUGCCUGCUUCACGUUUUCUUUUUAUUAUUUAAAUGUCAACUAUUUAAAAUGAACAUUGCCACUUUACCAAGGAAGCUGCAUCCACAAUUUUGUUGUUGUUUCAGUUUUAGACUUUUGGCCUUAAAAUAGAAGCACCGCCAUCGUUGUUUCCGAUGCAUUCUUUUUCUUUCUUUCUUUCUUUCUACUCCAAAGAAGAAGAAAAAGGUUUUAAUUUUUCACAGGUAGCGAUUUGUUUCUGUUUUCUGAAGCAUUCUACGCUCUCUAAGACAUGAUGUCUGGACAAAGUAGUAAUAAAGUUUUGUGUUUUUUU